GAACUAGCAAACAGGCGCGAGCAGCCAAAAGAAGAGGUACUACGGUGACGACACUGACGCGACAGUGCUGCUCAACCACUUGACGAAAAUGGGGGAUAUAGAAGAGAGCUCCUUCGCGGAAGGUGUACAACUUGGGAACCCGGCGACCCAGAACCAACAGGACCUCCACAACGCGACGGUCGCGACAUGAAUUGGGACUGAACAAUCGUUUAUGUCAGUCAGUUCAAUGGAGACACAGGAAGCCCCGCAGAAGCAGGACAAGGACAACCGACGCCUGCUGUUCUUCUGCCUCCCUCUGCUGCUACUGCUUCUCCUCCUGGGCCUUUAUUGGGCGUUCAUGCCAGCGUCCGGCGAUAGUCAUGAAGACGACGCCGCUGUCACCGAACAAGCGUUCUACAAGAAAUGGGGCGGAUCCCCACCCAGGCCGCCAGCGACGACCACGCCCAAGGAAUUGACGACAGAGCCUACAACGCAUCCAAAGCCAAAAACUUCAAGACGCCGCCCCACUACAACACCCUCGACUACCACGACCACCACCACGACGACCACAACGCGAACACCGUCCACCGGAUACGGGUACAUGGUGUGCACCAUGGGCCGCAACGGAUUCGACAUAGCCAUGUUUCCAAUCAAACGGGAGCUCUGCGACAUCGUCGUGUUUACACACGUGUACGCAGGCGCCGAUGCUACCAUCCGUCCAGUCACCGGAUUCUUGUCUUUUGGCAAGUUCAUGGAGGCUGCCACCUUGUACAACGGUGACAGGCACACACGUUUCGGUCUUAGUCAUUCGCCGAAAAUGCUGGACUUUUUGCUGUCGGGAAACGCGGAUGCCAAGAAUCGGUCCUCCGCAUUCAAGCAGGCCACGGAGAAGCUGUUCGCCAAUGCCAGCUUCCCCUCCAUCGGUGUCAUGGGCCUCGUGAAGAAGGCCAACGAGUUCACGCACGAUCCGAAACUAGCCAACUGGUACAAGGCUCUGGCGGCCUCCGUGAAAAAUCUUCCCAACGUCACGAUUUUCUUGGGCAUAAAGUUAAAGGACAAGGGCCACGACUUGGCAACAAAAAAGAUACUGGCCGAGCAAGUUUUCCGCACCGCAAAGGAUAUGAAGGUGACCCUCUUGGUGUUGGUGACACACAAUGUGGAGCACAUGGGCAACACCACAUGCGCCGCGGUCCCGAUCAGCUCCUGGAAAGCUAGAGCCUACAACGGGCCCACUAAACCUGCUCUGGAGCACAUGUUCAAGUUCCUGGAGUUUGUCCUGAGAGGCGAGAAGGAGUUGGAAGUGGCGCUCUCCUCCACGCUGGUUUUCAUGGGCUACGCCAUGAGAAACGCUGUGGCCGAACCUGUCAAGUUCGGCGAGGCAUGCCAAGGCAACCGCGCUCAACCGUUCUACGCAUACUGCGUCGCCAAGCUGCCCAACGAACGGGAGCACCAGGACAGCCUGACGGCGGUCGGCUUUAAUGGCACCUCGCUGUACACCUUCGAGACGAAGGCGAGCGUCGAAAAAAAGAUGCGCCGGUUUGUGCUGUCCCUCGACGACAAAGUGUUCAGACGCGUGGGAUGGGCCUUCUUCGAUCUCUCAUACGAAGUAUACAACAAGAAUUACUGCACCGUUAGCGGUGUCGUCACCGAGGACUUUCCGCGACUGACCGCUGCCAAGACUAUCUUAGAAGAGAACCGCAACCGAAAGUUCAACUGAAUAAUGAACUCGCAUGCGUCAGCGCUAACAACGUUGUCGGGCUUGCGUCCAAGAAUACGCAAUAUAUAUAUAUAUAUAAAAAGAAAGCCGCAAGCAGCCCGACCAUAUAUUUCUUUUUUAAUUUGGUCGUGUUGUUUAUAAGUUUCGUGCAACGUAUUGCUUAACUUCUUUAUUUCAUUUCAUUUAUCUUACCGAAAACGUUCCUUUCUCGUCCAUAGUAGUGCACGGUACUAAAAGCGAAAUGUUUGCGCAGACAUUUCGCUUAUUUCUCACAGACACCCCACAUCUAGGUAGAAUAAUACUAUUUAGUUCGAAUAUAUGUAGAAAUUCGCGGAACUUCACGUUUGCGCCUGUUUCACCAAAGGCUUAUGAUAAUUCCAUUUUGCUCGAUUUCUUUAUACUUUUCAUUAUUUGAAAAUCAGAUAUGCUUGAUGCACAACGCUUUGGAAAAUCUUGGUGCGCCAUGCUUUUUUUUAUUUCGUUUCUUUUUGUGUCAUGGUGGCGGGUGCCUUGUGUCCUGUGUAAUAAACGACCAGAAGUGAAAGUCA